AUGGCUUCCACCGGAGCACUUCCGCAAACCCUCAAGUCUAUCACAGCCACAAAGAUCAAUGAGCUUGGCAAGCAACGCACUCUUUUCGACAAGGCCAAGGCUGAGAUACGCAAAGAUGCAGAAGCAGCCACCGAUCUGCACACUCGCGCCCAAAUUCUUCUUAAUGGUGUCUCAAGUCUGAAAGGAUAUCCAAAAAAUGCACUCGACAAAGACGACAUGGACCUGGAUAUGGAAUCUUCCGACGAUGAUUCAGAGAGUGAAAUGCCUAACCUCGACAUGGGUCAGCUCCGCAACGGAGACCACUCCAAUAUCCGCCGUUUUCUUUUACAGGGUCGAUACGAUUCCUCUAUCUCGGAGAAGACCCUACAGAGAUGGAUCGAUCAACUGGAAAAUGAGCUUCGCUACCUCGAACUCAAGCACGACCAUGCCUCCUUCUACAGCAAGCUGGUUACGGAGUGGUUAGCCCAGCUAGAUGCACAGAACGUAUCUGAUAUCAAUAAGGAUGGUGGAUCGGAAUCCGGCAAAUCUGAAACCGGUUUUGAAAGGGUGGGCCGGGCGGAAAUGCACGACCAGCGAUCGCAGUGGGAGUCACUGGUAUUUUCUACCGGUAACCACGUUGAAGCAAAGGAUAUUCGCUCCUAUCUUGACGGUCUAUUCCACAAAGACAAAUUGACCAAACAAGCGUUCAAGGAACUUCGCGAGAGCAUGCAAAAGUUUGGAAAUGAUCUGGCCACAGAAGGCGAGUGGCUGGAUGCGAAGGAGCUUGAGUGGGUUUCAAAUGCAUUGAUGAAGACCGACCUUCUCAGCGCGGAAAAGACAUCAGUUCUCAAGGAAUUUAUGCGUAAUAAAGAAGUUACGCAGGAGGUUGCUGAUGUGCUCAACAUGCGCCUGUCGUCUUUGGAAAGCUGGAGCUGGAGUGAGGAUGGAAUUCCCAUUGAAAUGCGUCGACAACUCAAUGGAAAAUACCGCGUCUUUAUGGAUGAAGAUCUUCUCGACAGCCUCAUGCUUCAAUAUCUUGGCACGAAGUGGGCCGUCAAGCUGCGUGAAGUGUUCACAUCAUUCCUACGCUCACGUGCCUGGACCCCCAUUCAUGAGAAGAUUCCCGAGGAGUACAUUGAACGACGCAAUUACUUUUAUGGAAAGGUUUCCCGACCUGAAAGCAGGAACAUAAAUGAUUUACGAAAGACUACAUACAACGAAGAAUACUUUAUGAGUCAACUACCUGAAUCCAUCGACGAGGGCGCUCGAAACUAUGACGACAGUUCCCAAGUCAAAAGCGCCUUGAACACAAAGCACUCUCUCCUCCACCGAUUGAUUACCGAAUCCCUCAUUCAAAAGAAUUUGAGAGGCGAGUUCACUGCGAUUCGAUCCGACUACAAGUGGUUUGGUCCGUCUUUGCCCCAUACAACCGUUAUAACUGUCCUGGAGUACUUUGGUGUUUCUCGAAAGUGGCUGAACUUUUUCAAAGUGUUCCUCGAGGCUCCACUGCGAUUUGUGCAAGACGGCCCUGCUGCUCAAGUGCAAAUCCGCAAGCGUGGAAUUCCUAUGAGUCACACUCUUUCAGACUGCUUUGGGGAAUCAGUACUUUUCUGUAUGGAUUAUGCAGUGAAUCAGGGUACAAACGGAAAUAUUCUGUAUCGACUGCAUGAUGAUUUUUGGUUCUGGGGAACAGGGAAGGACUGUGAGCAAGCCUGGGAAUCUAUGACCAAGUUUGCCAACUUGAUGGGGCUGGAAUUCAACGAAGAAAAAACCGGCACAGUUCAGAUGGGCGAAGCCCAGAAAAGUCAAAUUCUCCCCGCCGGUGAGAUUCGUUGGGGCUUCUUGGUUCUCGAUGCCGAGCAGGGUAAGUUCAUCAUCGAUCAAAACCAGGUGGACCAACAUGUCGAGGAGCUAGAUCGUCAGCUUUCGUCUUGCAAGAGCAUAUUCGAAUGGGUUCAGGCUUGGAAUGGAUAUUUUGGGCGCUUCUUCGCCAACAACUUUGCGAAGCCUGCCUUGUGUUUUGGCCGAGAUCACAUUGACAUGGCGAUUUCAACGCUCAGCCGCAUUGAGUUCAAUAUCCAUGACCUUCCUGAAGGAUUCUUCUACUACCCUGUUGAGUUGGGCGGCCUCGAACUACUGAAUCCAUUUGUCAACCUUCUCUCCAUGCGUGAAAACAUCAAACAAACACCGCACAGAAGACUCCAGAAGGCGAUUUUGGCGAAUGAGCUUCGUUAUUACGAGGCCAGGGAAAAGUUCGAGAAAGAGGGGUCGAAUUCCCAAACAACACUUCGGGCUUCAAUUGACCAACCUCUUUCGUUUCCUUCACUGGAAGAGCAUAACCAGUAUCCAGAGACCUUCAGUCCGGCGUUUCAUUCUGCCUAUUGCGACUUGAUCAAAGUUCCGGAGGAAAAGAGUGUUGCCAACACUAGUGACUUGAGGAAAAACAUGAUUGGUCUCAAAAGCCCCACGGGCAGAGCAAGCAAAGGGACUAUCGGUCCGGCAUGGAGCUCAAUGACACCUUACUGGCGCUGGGUCGCAGAGCUCUACCAUGACGAAAUGGUGCACACCUACGGAAGUCUGGCGGCUGUUAAUCGGGAGUUUAUGCCGCUGGGAGUGGUGAAAACGUUAAAGGAAGGGCGUUUCAGAUGGCAGGGCUAG